CCUCUGCAGAGCCGUCAUGCAGGAGAACUACGAGACGGUGACCUCGCUGGGGUUGCUAGUUUCCAGACCUGAUGUGAUCUCCCAGCUGGAAGAAAGGAAAGAGCCCUGGGUCCCAGACCUCCUGGGUUCAGAGAAAAGGGAGAUCCUGAGAGGUCCCUGCACAGCAGGUGACACGAUGGAGAGUGAAAAUGAGGAGCAGAAUUCUCAGCAGGAAGCUCCUGAGCAAGUGGAAUCAGACGGAGCAUUAUCGCAAAGCUCCAAAGCGGACGUGUCCAGGAAUCAGGAGGCGGGAACAGCCUGUGAGAUUCAGCACAGACCAGAGAGGGAGCAGGGAAACCAGCCAGGGGAGAACAUGGGAAAAUUAAUUUACUGUUGGGGAACUCGCAAGGACUUGAAGGACACCACAGCCCAGCAGGAAAUCCUCAGGGGAAAGAGAAAAACGACAUGCCCCGAGUGUGGGAAAUACUUCAGUCACUGCUCAUCCCUCAUCAGACAUCAGAGAAUUCACACAGGGGAAAGACCCUACGAAUGCUGUGAGUGCGGGAAAAGCUUCACUAACAACUCAAGCCUUAUUACGCACCAGAGAAUCCACACCGGGGAAAGACCCUAUGAAUGCCGGGAGUGUGGGAAAAGCUUCACGGACAGCUCACACCUUACUAAGCAUCACAAAGUCCACACCGGGCAAGGACUCUAUGAAUGCGGCGAGUGUGGGAAAAGCUUCACGGAUAGCUCAGCCCUUCUGAAACAUCACCGAAUCCACACGGGCGAGAGACCCUACGUGUGCUGUGAGUGUCGGAAAGCCUUCAGUCAGAGCUUUGAGCUUACUAGACAUCAGAGAAUCCACACCGGGGAGAGACCUUAUGGAUGCUGCGAGUGCGGGAAAAGCUUCAUUCAGCACUCACACCUCAUUAGGCAUCAGAGAAACCACACAGGGGAGAGACCCUAUAAAUGCGGUGAGUGCGGGAAAAGCUUCACUCAGAGCUCAGACCUCAUUAUACAUCAAAGAAUGCACACGGGGGAGAGACCUUACGUAUGCUCCGAGUGCGGGAAAACCUUCAUUCAGCAUUCACACCUCAUUAGGCAUCAGAGAAACCACACGGGGGAGAAACCCUAUGAGUGCUGCGAGUGCGAGAAGACCUUCAUUCAGUUGUCAGAACUUACUCGCCAUGAAAGAAUCCACACAGGCGAGAAGCCCUAUGAAUGCCGUGAGUGUGGGACAAGGUUCACUCAGAGCUCAUCCCUGAAAUAUCAUCAGAGAAUCUGCAAGGGAGAUAAACCCCUCACAGGCUAGCCAGACAUUUUCUUCUUUAAUACUUUUGCUAAUUCCCAUGUAGUAACCUUUAAGGCUGUUUGCACCACCAUUAUCCCUCAGCUUGUCCAGGCGAGUUGCCCUGUUUUGGAGUGGACCCGGUUGUCCUUGCUAUCAACUCCAUUGUCCCAGGAGUAAUGGGAGUGCGUCCCUCCUUCCAGGAAACAAGGAGCAUCACGUUUAUACUGUUCCUCCUAUUGCAAAGUUAUUGUUGGGGUCAUCAGUGAUACAGAUUGUUUCAUUCUCAGUUGUUCUCACGUCGCUCUGGGUUGUGCUGAAGAGCAGUUAUUUGUUGAUCUUUUUUCAUUAUAUUUAAAUGAAGAGCAGCAGUGGCAAGGAAAAACGUGUCAUUUCAGCCUUGGUGACACCGGAAGGAGAUGGGGUGACACAGAGAUUCCCUCCUUCCCCAUCACUCCAGAACUGUUCACACCUCUCUGAGCCAUGCAGAGUUUAUCUUCUUCACAUUCCAUCCCUCUACUUCUCAGAGUGUCGUGUGGUGCAGUGUUCUCAGCUGUCUGGGCUUGGAGAUGAUGCUUUGACUUUAAUCCUGUAUCAGAGUCGCUAUGACUGGAGAUGAAGGUGUCAAAGAUCCGCAAGGGGAAUUCAGAUGGAUCCCAAACACAGUGGGAUCAUUUGCAGUUUAAAUCCCGGUUUCCAACUAUUGGCCAAGCCACUUGUGGGAAGGUUGGCUGUAUUUUCCUCAUUCUGAGGAUACUAAAAUGCUAAAACUUUUGUAAAUUACAUAACUCGACAGUGCUGAAUGAAGCAGGUUUGAAUGGAUCAGAGGAGAAUGUGGUGGGAGAAUCUCUUGUCCCAAUUCUGAGUGAUUAGAUGUAACCUGCUCUGGAAUUUCACUCGACACUUUCACUGGCAUGUAUUCUGUCUCUCUGCGAUGUGGGUGUUUCUAUCUUUCCUGAAAAGUUGUUUGGUCGCCCAAUUGGAUAUUAUUUGACUUUGAUGGGACGUAGCUCAGAUUUAUUGGAGACUUCGAGACAAAUGACCAGUUGCUAAAGUCAUGACUUCUCACUUCAGCGCUGCUUUCCCCCCGUCCCUCCAUGAUGACGUGGAGACAGUUCAAGUGCAGUUCACUCAACAGGAGCGAACUCUCCAAUUCACUGGCCAUGCUAACAAAGCAGCAGCCGUGAUUUAAAAUCUCCGCUGGGAAAUGGUGAACACCAGCAGAACCCCAACUAACUGAAGCAAGUGCAGAUGAUCACGGUGGAGUUCAGUUGUUUAAGCCAGCGGUUUUCAAACUUCAUUGCACCGUGACCCCCGUCUGACAACAAAAAUUAAUCCCUGGUGGAAGCAGAGUGGAGUGGAUGAAGCCACACCCGAGU